AUGGACAAUGAAUACAAUCGAUACUAUAUAAAAAUUCGAACUAUUUUCGGGAUAAAUCCAAAGACAAUUCACGAAGAACUUGCAAUAGCUUUAGGACCCAAUGCUCCAUCAUAUCCAACAGUUACAGAGUGGGCAAAGCGUUUCCGUGAAGGAAGAGAAGAUGUCAAUGAUGAUCCUCGAUCUAGGCGUCCAGUAUCCGAGCUGACAGAUGAAAAUAUUGAACUAGUACGAGAGGUUAUCACCAAUGAUCCACAUUCAACUUAUGAUGAUAUUAUAGCUGAGACAUUUCUCUCUCAUGACAAUGCUCAACCCCAUGUUCAAUCCGAUGUUAUUAAUUAUUUAACAGAACAACAUAUCAAUAUAAUGUCGCAUCCACCAUAUUCACCUGAUCUUGCACCAUGUGAUUAUUGGCUAAAUGAUUACAUCAAACGUAAUUUAACUGAUCAACCAGAUGAAAAAUCAUUGGCUCGUGUGGUAUCCAAGGUGAUGAAAAUAAUUCCAAAAGAAGAAUUUAAAAAAACUUUUGACAAACUAUUAGAAAGGAUGGAACUUUGUAUAAAUAACCAUGGGGAUUAUUUUGAACAUUUAAUAAAAUAA